AUGCCCAGCCCCGAGCGCGUGGUGCUGCACCCGCUGGUGCUGCUCAGCGUGGUGGACCACUACAACCGGGUAGCCAAGGACAGCAGGAAGCGCGUGGUGGGCGUGCUGCUGGGGUCCUUCCACAGGGGCGUGAUCGACAUCACCAACAGCUUCGCAGUCCCUUUUGAGGAGGAUGCCAAGGACCCAAGCAUAUGGUUCCUGGACCAUAGCUACUUGGAGAACAUCUUCAGGAUGUUCAAGAAGGUGAAUGCGCGUGAGGCUGUGGUUGGCUGGUACAGCACCGGACCAAGGAUAAGGGAGGCUGACCUGGACAUCAAUGACCUGAUAUCCCGCUUCUGUGACAACCCCGUGCUGGUGAUCUGCGAGGUGCAGCCCAACGAGAUCGGGCUGCCCAUCACUGCCUACUAUGCAAAAGAAGAGGUCAAGGAAGAUGGCACUGAGAAGAGCAAAAAGGUGUUCGUCAACAUUCCGACCCAAGUUGGCCAAACAGAGGCUGAGGAGAUUGGUGUGGAACACCUACUGCGAGACGUGAAGGACGCGACGAUCAGCACCCUGGCGACAGAUGUCAGUGCCAAAGUCCAGGGCGUUAGGGGUCUGUCCUCUAGACUGCAAGAGAUUCGGCAAUACCUGGAGUACACACUGGAUGGCAAGAUGCCUGUCAACCAUGAGAUCAUGAAGCAGCUGCAGGAUAUCUUCAACUUGCUGCCAAACAUGAACGUGGAUAUGCUGUCCAACUCCCUCGCAGUCAAGUCGAAUGACAUGAUGCUAGGGGUGUAUGUGGCAUCGCUCAUCCGAUGCGUCAUUGCCCUCCACAACCUGAUUGACAACAAGGAAGUUCGCCUUGGGAAGAAGCAGGUGGAGAAACCCAAAGAGAAGGUGGACGAUGCAAAGUCUGAGAAACCUGCUGACUCGAAAGGAGAGGACAAGGCCAGUGGAUCGACUAAGUGA